AUGUCUGUUUUUCAACGUUUUAAUACAAUUAUUUGGAAACCAUUGCGCAUAGUAUCGUUUUUACAACAGAAAAUGUCCUCACAUUAUACACCAAGAGAUAAUAUGAAAGAUCAACGCACACUCUACUGUGGAAAUUUACACGAGAAUGUUACCGAAGAAUUGUUAUUUGAAUUAUUUCUUCAAAGCGGUCCAUUAGAAGAUGUGAGAUUAAAACGUGAUGGGAGAAGAGCCUUUGCAUUUAUUACAUUCAAACACGAAGAAUCCGUACCAUAUGCUGAAGCUAUUAUGGAAAAUGUUCAUUUAUUUAAUCGUCCGUUACGUUUAAAUCCGCGGGCUAACGCCAAUACCAGCAACAACACAAAUAAUUCCUAUUCAGGUCUUGAUUCAUCUCCAAUGACGCCUUUACUACAGAACCCAAUGCAACGUCAAUUUUCCAUGCCUCCGUUCAUGCCAUCGUCUGUUAAUAAUAAUUUUGGCUUUAAUGCUGCUGCUCAGCAAGUUAAUUUUUCUACUUUGAUGCCUCCACCAAUUCAACACCAGCAAUUUUCAUCAUUAAAUUCUUCAACGAUCACUAAUUAUAAAUUAUCACAAAAUGACGACGAUGAACCAAGACAUUCCACACCGAGGCAAUCAAGACGUGAUAAUCGUUCUUAUCAUCCUUAUCGUCAACAACAACAACAAUCUCAUUCAGAAGAUGAUGGUUUUUCCCAUCGUUCCAAAAAUCAACAUACAAACUAUGCACUUUCCACUGUAUUGGCCAUGAAACGUAAACGACAAGAUUCAUCUACUUCGAUCAACUCGAACACAAAUGAAUCAGUCUCAAAUAAAAUUUCACGUUUACAAAUUGGAACAAGCGUGCGAGCACAACUUGACGAUAGCAAAUGGUACACGGGUACUAUCUUUCAAUGUCAGUUACGCAAAUAUUUGGUUCAAUUUUCACAUUUGAAAAGUGAAGAAAGUCAACAAUGGAUUGAUUUUGAAAACAUCCGUUUAAUACCAAAAGAAAAACGUCCCGGAACAAGUUCACGACAAAAUGCAGCAUUUGAAUAUCGACCUGGACAGUUUAUUCGUAAUGAUACUAAGACAGCAAAUGUAUCAGUUCCAAUCGGUCUAAAAAGUUCAGCAUCACCAGCAAUAGUUUCACCUCUUCCGAUAAAUCAUCAUUGCACAUCAAUACUAUCAACUGAAAGUCCGAUAUCCUCGAUCGAAAUACCGAAGUCUAGCUUGUUAUCGCAACGAAAUCGCACUGAGUCGGAUUCAAGCUCAAAAGGAUCUAUUGAAUCCUCACAAGAAUCAACAUUGAAACAAAUUGAAUAUAGUCAGAGAAACCCAGUUGAAAAUGAAGAUGAAACGUAUUAUUUACCAUCUGAGCGUGUUUCAUUGUCAGAUCGAUAUCCAACAAAAAAGUCUGCAGAACGUUCUUCAUCGAAUGAAAAAUCAAGUGGAAGAAAGCCUGAUCAAUCUGAAAUUGUUAUUUUUCGUCCAAUUAUUCGGUUUAUUGAUACGAAAAGUCGGACUCUAUCAUCGUCAUCUCAAUCGAAAGAUAGACCAAAAAGGCCUAGAGUCAAUUCCAAAUUGUCUAUAGAUCUGACAAGCCAACUUUCACCUACAAGACAUCCGCAUAUUCGCAAGGACCGAAAACUGAUACCAGUUCAUGAUAAACAAGAAGAAAAAAAAAUUGUACAAAAUCAAAAACAACAAGAAAAAAAUGAAAUAACAGAAAAAACUUUUGCUGUCCAAGAGGAAGUCGUCUCUUCGACAUCUCAACAAGAAUUGUCACCGUUAUCUAUAUCAGUUGAACAAGACGAUGACGUAUCACGAAAUACAUUGGAAUCUGAUCAACAUUUAUUCGAUGAUGAUGAAGACAUAAAUGUUAUUCAAGCAUUAAUUGAUACCAAUUUAAAUGUUUUGUUAGAUGAUAGUCAAUCAGUAACAAAUAGUGUCAACAAAGAUGAAGAUUUACCAUCGACAACAACGACGAUAUCACAAUCUCAUUUUUAUAAUUUUCACGAAGAUGACCUUAUUUAUCCGACCGAUAGUCAUAGUCCAACAAGUACCGAUAUUCCCUAUGUUGUACAUCAGGUUGAGGGAGCAAUAACUUCAUCAACGGCAAAUGAUGAACUAAUCGAAGCACAGGGUUUUCUACAAACUGAAGAUAAAAGUGAAGCGGAACCGAUAACGGAGACAAAUCUUGCUCCUCUUCUACAAAGGCAACAAAAUUCAGAACAUUUACUACACGUACCUCAACAUGAUCGACAAAAGUCAAAACGCAAACAGCAUCGCCCACAACGUGUUACUGAAAGUGAUGAACUACAACGACGUGAAGCUAUUGAAGAACAAGUACCUGCUAUCAACAUUGAUAAACCAAUACAAAGACAACGACAAGGAAAACGAAUUAGAAGCGUGCUGGGUAAACUACGGCAAAAACCGCCAGAAGAAAAACCGGAGAAAUGUUCAACAAGAAAGUCAUCAAAUAAAUCGGUCACAGUCAAACUUGAGCCGAUGGAUGUGAUUAUUCAAACUCCAUCAUCAAUAUCAUCAUCAACUGAAAUUAAAGAAGAAGAAUUACCUGUACAGACAACUUCUUCAUUCAAUUGGGAAUUAACAAUCUCACCUAAACGUCAACAACAGUCAAAAAUGAAAACGCUUGGUUCUACCAAAAAAAACGAUAUGGUUGUGGAGCAAACCAAUCAAUCUGAGUCAUUCGUAGAUGAAAAUGCCUAUUUGUCAGAUGAAUAUGAAGAUCCAGAAACAUGGGUAGUUGAUGGUUCACAUAAUCUUUUAAAAAUACACAAUGAUACUUUGAAAAAUAAUCUAAUUCAUCCCACUCAAAUUCAAUUAACUCGUGUAGAAUUGAAACAAAUAUUAAAUCGUCUACAAAAUAUUUACAUGACAUUACAGGAAAAAAUGACAACUAAGACAACAAUUUCUCCAUCAACGAGCGAUGAAGAAGACGAAUGUCGGCAAAGAGAUUUACUAAUUGAAACAGAUUUUUUUGAUAGAGAAAAGUUUAUGUUAACAAAAUAUUUAAAACAUGUUGAUAAAUGGUUGAAAAAUGAUUUUGAACGUUAUGAUUUAUUAGAAACCUAUAGAAAAAUGGUCUAUUCAGAUAGUAAUAAUGAUAAUAGUAAUGAUGUAACUCAUCAAACAUUUGUAGAACAAUUGCAUUUACUAGGGGAUAUACUAAAAUUUAUAUUUUGUGUAUUUUUUAAAAAUACCACUGAACAGAUGACAUAUACAAAAUCUUCUAUGAAAUCGUUUAAACAACAUAUUAAUCAUAUGCCGGAUGAAAUUAAAUACCAUAUUAAAACAUGUUUAAAACAAAUUAUUGAAAUUGAUCGACAACAACAGGAAAAUAGAGUUCAAAAUACCAGUGAAAAAUUGACUACUUUUACAUUUGUCCAUGAACCACUGUCAUCAUCUACGAGUAUUAGGGAUUUAAGUAAGCGUUCAUUAAAUUCAAAGUCCAAAUUAUCGAUGACAAGAUCAAAAGCAAAAAUACCUAUACCACGAUUAACUGUACCGCCGAUAACUAUUCGAAGACAACGGUUAAUCGCACCUAGAUCAUCCACACAAUUGGAACCAAAAUCGAUUCUUCCUGUUGUAAUGAACGUGAUGGAGUCGUCAAGAUCACCAUCAACGAUUGAAACUUCAUCAAGUCCAUUACAAUCUCUAGAUGCGAGUAAUAGUGAUGUAGCAUCAAUCGAAGAUGAAUCUAAUAUGUUGCGGACAACAAAGUCAAAACGACAAAUUAAAAUACGUAAACCAACUGCAUUUUUGAACACAAAUGAACACUUAAAAUCACAAACUCCACUUGUAUUACAAACAAAUUCAAUCUCGGAAAUAUCACCAUUAAAAAUAAGCAAUCAAAACGAUAAAAGUCCUCUCACGGAUGAUAUUAUUCAAUAUAUUUCACCGAAAAAGACUAUACUAUCUCCAUUAAGUUUAAUUGAAGUAGUUGAUUCAGCUCCACAAACUACCGUUGAAACAAUUUUGACGUCACCAUCAACACUAACAGUACCAACAACAACAAUAGCAAUAAUUACGGAUGAAAUAAGUCCUGAUUCUAUGCUUCUAACAGAAAAUGAUGAUACAUCAGAUGUAGUUGUAGAAGAGCUACGAAAAAAACAGCAUAAAGAAGAGAGAGACAUUUAUGAAGUGAUUCAUUGUAUUUGUGGUGUCGAGAUUGAUAAUGGGUUUAUGAUACAGUGUGAAACAUGUUUAUGUUGGUCACAUUGUACAUGUGUGGGAGUUACAGAAACAUAUGUGCCCGCCGUCUUCAAAUGCUUCGUCUGCACAAAAUCACAAUCUGAAUGUACACAACAGUGGACAGUAGAUUCAAUUGAUGUUAACGAUAAUUGUUCUUUUUUAACAACAAUCGAAACAUCAAAUGAAAUGUCUAUCUAUUUUGAUUGUAUUAAACCAUUGUAUGAUAUACGAGAACGAAUAAUGAGUUUAAAACUAACUUAUCAACCGAUAUUAAAAUGUUUACACAAUGCAUUGGGAAGUGAUGAUUUGUUUAAAAUUUUUAAAUAUGCUAAUAUUAGACAUGAACAUAUCAGUGACCAUAUUCAACGGCGAGAAGAAAAUAAAUUCUUUUAUAAAGAUAUAGCCAGUUGUUUGAAUAAUGUUAUUGCUUGUGUAUGUGAUGAAAAACAGAGUCAACAAAAAACAAAUGGCAUUAUUAAUUUUGUCGAUCAUUUAUCAUCAUCUCAAUCUUCGUCAUCAUGUGUCAGCAUAGAUCUAUGUCCAGAUGAAAUAAAACUUGAGAAUGUAAAUCAACAAGAUAUGAUUAUUUUACCUGAAAAUUUAAAAUUAUUCAUUAUCUAUAUGUGUGAUGAUAGUGACACACAACUAGCUCGGCUAAGUAUAAAAACUCGGUAUAAUGAAUUAUUGACAAAUUUACAAGAUAAAAUUCAAACAUCAUUAGAUGAAUAUAAAGAUAUUCAAAAACAAAUUGAAACAAAACUUGGAAUAUUAUAUGAUGAUAAUGAUAUUGAAGAAAAUAAUAUUCAAAUGUUACAAACAAUGUAUACAAAUCAUGAAAAUGAUUUAAAAAUAUUAAUUGAACGUUUAAAAUAUUGA